GCUGUCAUUUGUUCUCGUCUCGUCCAAGCCGUAGUUUCCCAUCAAAACCGAUACUAAUUAAACGACAAAUGUAACCGUUUCACACAAAGCCAAAAUGGGACUUACACUGAGACGCUUUCCUGGUGUUAAACCGUCGAAAGCGCUCCUGUUGUUGCCUUUUCUGUUGACAUUCGUGCUCGUCGGGAGUCGAGGCGAGGGCAAUGCGAUGGACAACGUCGCAACUGAGCGGAUGGCUGAGGAAAGCCACCGACAGGACAGUGCCAAUCUACUCAUUUUCAUAAUGCUCUUGACACUCACCAUUUUAACGAUAUGGCUGUUCAAACACCGGCGGUUUAGGUUCCUGCACGAAACAGGACUUGCCAUGAUCUAUGGUUUGUUGGUGGGUGUGAUCCUGCGGUUUGGCGUCCAUGUACCCCAGAGCAUGAGCGACGUGAUCCUCAGCUGUGCCGUCAACGCCAGUCCCGCUACUCUGCUGGUCAAUGUCAGCGGGCGGUUCUACGAGUACACUCUGAAGGGGGAAGUCAGCCGGGGCAAAGGUCACCAAGUGCAGGACGACGAGAUGCUGAGAAAGGUGACCUUUGACCCAGAAGUGUUUUUCAACAUUUUGCUGCCUCCCAUCAUCUUCCAUGCCGGUUACAGUCUAAAAAGGAGACAUUUCUUCAGAAACAUCGGCUCCAUCCUGGCCUACGCCUUCAUGGGAACAGUUAUAUCCUGCUUUGUUAUUGGGCUCAUCAUGUAUGGCUUUGUGUUAAUUAUGAAAGUCGUGGGCCAGCUGGGGGGAGAUUUUUACUUUACUGACUGCCUCUUCUUUGGGGCCAUCGUUUCGGCAACAGACCCAGUGACAGUGCUGGCUAUCUUCAAUGAGCUGAAGGUAGAUGUGGACCUGUAUGCUUUACUCUUUGGUGAGAGUGUCCUCAAUGAUGCUGUGGCGAUCGUCCUCUCAUCCUCCAUUGUGGCGUACCAACCUGCAGGAGACAACAGCCACAGCUUUGAGGCCAUGGCCUUGUUGAAAUCCUUCGGCAUCUUCCUGGGCGUCUUCAGUGGCUCCUUUGCUCUUGGGGUGGCCACUGGAGUCAUGACUGCUCUCGUAACCAAGUUCACUAAGUUGAGGGACUUCCCCUUGCUGGAGACGGCGCUCUUUUUCCUCAUGUCCUGGAGCACCUUUCUGUUAGCUGAGGCCUGCGGGUUCACAGGUGUGGUGGCUGUGCUGUUCUGUGGGAUCACUCAGGCCCACUACACCUUCAACAAUCUCUCCCCUGACUCUCAGGACAGAACCAAACAGUUGUUUGAGCUGCUGAACUUCCUGGCAGAGAACUUCAUCUUCUCCUACAUGGGUCUGACUCUCUUCUCCUUCCAGUCGCACGUCUUCAACCCCAUGUUCAUUAUUGGAGCCUUUAUUGCAGUGUUUCUGGGCAGGGCGGCGAACAUCUACCCUUUGUCCUUCCUGCUCAACCUGGGCCGCAAGAACAAGAUUGGAUCUAACUUUCAGCACGUCAUGAUGUUUGCAGGUCUGCGUGGGGCGAUGACCUUCGCUCUUUCGAUCCGAGACACAGCGACUUACGCACGUCAGAUGAUGUUUUCAACCACCCUCCUAAUUGUCUUCUUCACUGUCUGGAUCUGUGGAGGCGGCACCAUGCCCAUGCUGUCCUUCAUGAGCAUACCGGUGGGUGUGGACUCUGAUCAAGACACCUCUAGUUCAGCGGUGUUGGAUGGGUCACAGCGGAGGAACACCAAACAUGAGAGUGCCUGGCCUUUCAGGAUCUGGUAUAACUUUGACCACAACUACCUGAAGCCCCUCCUGACCCACAGCGGCCCCCCUCUCACUGCUACUCUGCCUGCUUGUUGUGGACCGCUGGCACGAUGCCUCACCAGCCCACAGGCCUAUGAGAACGAAGGUCAGCUCCAUGACGACGACUCCGACUUCAUCCUGAACGAUGCUAACGUGAGCUCCAUGUACGCCGACGUCACCGUCAGCACGGACGCCUCCGGAUCCCGCACCAUCAACCGCAAGCGCUCCUCCACCACCAGCACUGGUGGCGGCCCAUCUGACGAAGCUCUGGAUCAUGAGCUUGCCUUGGCGGAACACGAGGUGGCGAUCAGGGGCACCCGCCUGGUCCUGCCCAUGGAUGACCCAGUGGAGCCCCCGACCACUGUCACCCUGCCCCCGCCACCCUCCCCGCCGCGCUCCGACCCUCGCAGGCACAGACUGUGAGAAGGCUUGCGCUGUUUGUUGUUUUCAGCUUCAAAUCCCACAAAUCAUCUAACUUGAUUUCACAAGAAAACAACAUCUAUUAGUUGAUUUGUUCAGAUUCUUGAUUGAAACAAACUGCUUUUACAGUACGACCUCUCUGUCUAACGUGGUCUUAAAUUAGACUCAGCUUUGUGACAAACUUGAGGCGUGCUUGAUUGAACUCACCAUUUGGGUGGAUUACUGUCAUCUUUGAAUGUGAAUGCACUACAUGUAAGGUAAGCUACUGUAAAUCACGUGCGCCUCAAGUUUUAAAGGCUACUGAAAAUCAUCCGAGAUGCACAUUUAGCAACCGUUUGAGGAAGCUAAAAAAUGGGGCUGUAGUGUUUGCUCCUGAGUUUGUACUACUGUGGUGAUAUGCCAGUGCUGUUAUCUAUGCUCUCUAAAAGACCCAACUGCCUCUGGCUGUACGGGGAGGUUCCUAAACGUUUUAUGCAGUUUAAUUUUUUCUCUGUGGCGAAGCUGCUCCUGACUACAGGACCUGUAUUUGUCCAGCUUCCUUCAAGUAUUCGUGAGAUGACCUACAGUAACACUAACAUCUAGGGCAGUUCACUUUGCUGUGGUACGACUUACACUACAGUUAAAUUACUAAUCUUCCUCGUCCAUCCACAGAGUGAUAAGUGUCCAGUAUAUUUGCCUCCCGUUUAUUUGUGAUUGGCCAAGGUGGAAGCAACUAGACAAGGAUGUUGACUUCUGUGAUGGGAGCAGCAUUAGGAGUUGUGAAUUUUAAACUAUACUGUUAGGCCAGAAACCCAAACUGCCUCCAUAAGUGUCCGGGAGCAUCUCAUUUUUAGCACUGCCUGCCUCUUCUCUCUACUUCUUCAUUUAUUUAUUGAACAAAAAAUGAAUUGUGUCAUGUAUUUUGUUUAUUUAUUUAUUUAUUGUUUUGUUGUGUGACAUGAUUAUCUUGCCCUGUUCAAAAAAAAAAAAAAAAAGGCCGCUUGAUGGCGAAAGCACCUUCCCCCCCCCACGCAAGGUACGUUGUACAGUAGGGGAAUCAUUAAGGAAGUGGAUAUUCAUCCUUAAAAUAAAAUAUCUCCUUCCUGUACUGUAGCACAAGCUUCUACUUUAUACAUGGAAAUUAGAGCUUCCCUGUGCGUGUAUUUUACAACUGUGAGUAUGUGGCUGAUGUCUGAAUGAAAUUGUCCAAAUCAACUGACGUGGUUUUUAGGGCUAAUGUCUGUUUCUGGCUUUUCUGUUGUCAUCUGGUUUAAUCUUGUUUCUAAACAAAACAAAAAAAACAAAGUAACUGCCGUGUCUUUGUGAUGUUGUAUCAUCAAAGAUGACUCUGAGGGCUGGCUGAACUGUUUUGAAUUAAAGUGCCUAUUCAGAAAUUCAAUUAAUGUAGAUUUGUACAUAUUUUGAUUUGCUAAUGUGCAGUAAGAUGAUCUUUUUUGAUUUUUAUAUGACACUAAACCCUUUGAUUGCCGUUGAAUACUCUAUUUUAGGUCUAAUCAGCCCAUUAAAUGACUGCCUGUCAUGUAACUUUGUUUUUGAUGUACUGAAAAGUUGGAAGGAACAAACUAAAACUCUGGACUCUCAUUAAUGAGAAAUACCAAGUGUCACUAAUAUUAGAUGAGAUGUAAUCAUUUUGUGAAUAGUGUAGGUACUAAAUUUGAAUGCAACAAGGACCUGGCGACCUCUUUUAGGCUUUUUAUUUGCCAGUAAGGUCAAAGGAAAGAUACUUCUAAUACAGGAGGACACCAACUUGGUACUGAUGCAGUGUGACGUCUUUUUUGCUCCUUGUCCGGCAGCCAAGUUCAUCGACUCUGCUCCCACCUCAGUGAGAAAUAUUUUGCAGAGGAAUCUCUUCAGUUAACCGAGGUCCUUGUUUGUCUGAUUUUUAUGACCGAGGUAGAAAUGAAUUCCUGGUUAAAGUCUUAUUUUUCAAAUGUGGAAAUGUUGUUUUGUGUCGAGCUGCACACAAGCCGUCUUUUUGAUCUUCAAGUUUAUUCUUAAUAUGAGUUUGUGCAUAAUCAUCUAGAGAUAUGGACAUGAGUGAAUUUGCUUCUCUUUUUUUUCUUGCAGUAAGGUACCUUUUGAUUUUCUUUUGUUGUUUAAAUGUAAUUGAACCCUACAAAACACACACACAUCUGUAUGUACUUUAUAUGGGAAUUUUAAAGAAACAGUUGUAAUCUUACAAUAGCAACCACACCUAAACCUAAAAACUGAACAUGUUUAUGUUUCUACGGUUUGUAGAAACUUUAAUGAGAGUUGUAUUUGUGAAAAGUACACAUGCAAUAGGUCUAAAUGUUUCUAAAAUAAAUGUAAACUCCUGUUGAGGAUGAAAAAAAUCUCAGAUUUAACAGAUUUUUUCCCCUCUGUUGUCCUGUAGUUAUUAACAGUGUCUUCGCAGUCAGACAUGUUGCAAGUGUACUAAAAAAUAAAA